UACACUACGCAGUGUCGACGGGAUCCACACAAAAAUGAGGCCUCCAGCCUGUAUAACUGUCACUACCACCCUGCUGUGCUUUAUUUUGCUAGCCAUCUUCUCAAGAACUGAUGCAGACUUCUCAGCUAUACUCAGUCCAGCUAAUUCAACUGUUCUCUCUGGGGAAGAAGUAACAUGUGUGUGCUCAUCCAACUUCAAUACCGUCUUUCCUCUGUGGGAGAUAAAUUCAGAAGCUUAUCAAAUAACUAAUCUUCCCUUGGGCUACGAAGCUACUGGAUCAAAUCUUACAUUCAGGGUGUAUGCAAUCUGACUGUUGUUCGUUGUUCCUUUUUGAUAAUUGCCGACAGAUUGGCAAGAGAGGUACACAGCAACAUUGGCAGGGUAUUCAGCAAGGCAUACCUGGUAAGUUUUGUGUAUUAAUUCGAUAUCAUGUUGUAUGGUCCUAUUGUAAAAUGCAGAUGUGGACCCCUUAGAGUC